CCGUAAAAAUCGUCGUGCGUUUCAAAAGUGCAUUUCGCGUGUGAUUUUUCGCUGAUAUUUGUGUGAAUCACAGAGAGUUUCGUGCAAAAAGUUGUCACACUCGCUAAAAGUCGACCAUGGGAAACGUGCAGGCGGCCUCUAAGCCAAUAACAUCGGCAGCAAAUCAAUUUUUGGGCGCAGUUCCCGAGCCGAAUGCCACUGCGGAGCAAGAUGGAAAGGCGAAAAGUGCUGCAAAGCCUCUCGAAAAUCCCGGCACGAUGGAAGAACUGCACAAAAAGUGCAAAGAUGUGAUGCCAGCGAACUUUGAGGGCGCCAAGUUGAUGGUCAACAAGGGUCUCAGCAACCAUUUCCAGGUCUCACACACGAUAAAUUUGAGUUCGACGCAAGAAUCCGGCUACAAAUUCGGCACAACGUACGUCGGAACGAAACAAAUUUCGCCAACGGAGACAUUUCCCGUGAUUUUGGGCGAUAUAAGUCCCUCGGGAGACCUCAACGCGAACAUAAUUCAUCAGAUAACGCCACAAAUCCGCUGCAAAUUUGCGUCACAAAUACAAAAUAGCAAAGUUGUUGCGGGACAACUGACGACAGACUACAAAGGAGCCGAUUACACGGCCUCGGUUACGGUUGGCAAUCCAAAUAUCAUCAAUAAUUCCGGUGUCAUUGUAGCGCAUUACUUGCAAUCUGUCGCUCCCGGCUUGUCAUUGGGCGGCGAACUUGCCUAUCAAUACGGACCCGCAGUGCCUGGCGGCGAAAUUGCCAUCGUUUCAGCGGCAGCACGUUACGCGAGCGGCUUGUCAGUGUGGAGCGGAACCGUUGGAUUGGCAGGACUUCAUGUUUGUUACUAUCAACGUGCCAGCGAGCAAUUGCAACUGGGCAUCGAGCUCGAAACGAGUUUCAAGAUGCAAGAAGCUGUCGCGACAAUUGGCUACCAAAUCGAUUUGCCGAAAGCGAGUCUCGUGUUCCGAGGGAUGCUCGAUUCCAAUUGGAAUGUCGGCGGUGUCUUGGAAAAACGAUUAGAACCCCUUCCAUUCUCCUUUGCCCUCAGCGGACUCUUGAAUCAUAGCAAAAAUCAAUUUAGACUAGGUUGCGGACUUAUUAUCGGUUAAGAAUUCACCUCCACACGAAACACACACAUCCGA